CCGAGCGGUGGGUCAUCGGGAAACGUUCCGAAGAAGAAGGUGCUCGACAAACCACCUUCCAAUCUUCCGGGAAGCUCGCGUGCCGGUAGAAGCUCGCGCUCGCAGGACACCACCCAACGUCGAAUGGACGAGGAGUCAAGCGAGAAGACGGAGGACGAUGAACGGAUUCGCCGAUUGCAAUCCCAGUCACUAGCCACGCGAAGGUUCACCCAGGGCGAAGGCUCUUGCGAUGUGAAUGCAGAGCGGGAGGAUAGUAGAGGUGACGAAGCCCGAGCGAGGGGCGAUGGAGAAGACGAUGAGAAUGAAGGAGAAUGUGGUGGUGGGCAGGACCACAUGGAUUGCGAACAGGCAGCGGCAAGCGGUGGGGUAUUCGGUGGUAAUGUGGGUGGUUCGCAGAUGGAAGACCAAGAGAUGGAAGAUGAGGAAAUGGAAGACGAGGAAAUGAAAGACGAAGGACAGGAUGUCGAUGUUUCCGCGGAGCUUACUUCGAAGGGGAGGGGAAAACGCACAGCGGAAUCGUCGCCGAAGCGAGGCGCGCCUGAGAAGCACGCUCGAAGAAAAGUUUUGCAGGACGCUCGGCUCGCCUUGGAUGCAGCUGCUCGUACGCCUGGUGAAGCCGGUGUGGAAUCCAAAUCCAAAUCUCGGGUUCGCGAAACGUUGCAACCCAGGAAGCCUGUGCGGCCGUCSAGGCACCCGAAAUCGGAUGACUCGAGCGACGAUGCUGAAGGGGUGGCCCCUCGUUUGCUCUCCAUCCCUGACGACGACGAACCGGAGACGAAGAAACCCAAAGCGGUGAACAUGACGCAGUGCUUCUUCCUCGAGUACGACGAGGACGACAAGAAGAGAAAGGACCCGCCUAGGGUGGUCAUUGACGUCAUGCAGAUUCUUCYGAUUCCGGUGGGAGAGAUCACCUUCAACCAGCGAGCGCUGAACCCGGCCAUCGUCGCAGGCAUCGAAGCGACAAUUGAAGCAUCAACUCGCCCACAUUCCGUGGAUGAUCCGGCUCCGUGGGAUCCACCGGA